ACAUUUUUUACUUUUAGGUAACGCUAGUGAGUUUUAGAAUGUUUGGGAGUCGCAGUUCUUAUGAUUCGGAUGAUUUUAACAGCAAAAAAACGCAAAGUAUUGCAGCAGUUGCAACUGGAUUAAUUUUUGUCGUUCUUGGGGUUCCAAUAUGGUGGAACACGACCAAAGUUUACAGGGCAAAUCUGCCGUUCACUGAAAUAGCUGAAUUAAAUCAAGACGCUGGUUUAAAGGUCGGAAUUAAUGUUAAUGUUGUUGUGGCUGACAAUUGCGAUUUUGAAGCAGUUAAGUCAAAAUUGGAGGAUUAUUUUGGAAACUUUGGCGGAUCUGUUUCAGCUAAGCCGAUAUUUGUGAAGUAUAAUGUAACUUACUCGCCAAAAUCGGUGGAUUUGGGGUUGGAAGGGGAAGUGGCUGGUACUAUAAGAGUUGCAGUAAGUUGUGGCAAUUUUGACGAUUUUAAAAUAAAUGUUGAAACAAAUCGUGAAAUUUCGGCUCAAAUUGGAAGAAAGACUGAAAAUUUAGACGAAUUUGGAAAAAUUUUGGUUGAAGUUUUAAAACAGGGGGUCGUGGGUGAAGAAAUGUUGGAGGAAGUUGUCGCGAACAUCCGCAAAGAAGGAGGAAGUGGGAGGAAAGAUGAGGAGCUGAUGAAGAUGGUUCCUCCUAGCUCCGAGUUUGAAGUGAUCUUUACUCUUCUAUGUCCGGAUGCAGAAAAGAUGACUUGGGAUGUAGAAAGGGCAAUCUUGGAGCACAUAACUCCGAUCUUGGAGGAAUUGAAACCGAUCUUUCAUUUCCACAUCUCAUCCCAAGUCCUCUACUCAACUAAACUUCGUGUUCGACCCAAAAUAAUGAAAAACUCGACGACUAAUGAAGUGAAAUACCAUUACUUACAAGGCAAUCAGCUUUCUAACAUAAUAAACUCAAUAGAAAGUCGACUAGGUUCACAUUUAUCAACUUUUCCUACUCUCAACUUUGUCCUUUAUUUGACAGAUAUUUCAAACAACCCCUUAUAUAUACAGAAAGGUGACGGUUCGCCUUCGAAAAGUAACAACUUUCUUUUGCCCCGCUGGGGUGGCAUGACAAUAUACAAUCCUCAAGAAGGAGCCAGAGAGGUGGAUUUAGAUUCCGUAAUGCCAACUUUUCUCACCAAUCUACGAACACUUGUAGGAUUGCGUAAUAAUUACCCAAACAUUGACAAACAAGUGAUUUUCAAGCCGCCCACGUGGCCGGGGAUCACUGGGUGGGAAACGGAUUAUUUGCUGCGACUUCGGUCGGUUGAAAACGUCGCUACAUCUACGAAUACCCUUGGGUCUCUAGAAAAACUUCUACACCAAAUCGACAACAUCAUAAUUAACGACGAUGUCGCAGAUUCCGUUUUCCAAUCGGUCGCUGCGAUCGUUGAAGCGAAACAAGCGAUCUCGGUCGGAAAUUUAACAAGAGCGAUGUCAUCUUCACGUGACGCAUUUGUUUCAUCACAAUCAGCUUUCUUCCAUCCAUCGCUAUUAGAGUUAUUGUAUUUUCCUGAGGAUCAAAAGUUUGCGAUUUAUGUUCCGCUAUUUUUGCCAAUAAGUUUGCCUGUUCUUGUUUCUUUAGUAUUUGUUUAUAAACGAUAUAAAAACAAGGACAGUUGUGACAAAUCAAAAGUAGAAUAGUGACAUCAUUAAUAGCAGUUGUUGUCCUGUUGAUUUUGCUACCAGGCAAUAACAUAGUGUGAGAAAUUGCUCUUCUGGUAAAAAUGUUCGUAUUAUUUCACCAAUGAAAACUGACAGUUUCUUAAAGCUCUGACAUUUCCCAUAUACCAAUCUUUUGUUCAAAUUUUCUGUUGAUUGCAUGCCACAUUAAGAUGCAAGCACCACCAUGGCACCACUAGUGGGCACUAUAGAGCCAGAUUUCAUUGUUUUCUUCUCGUACUUUAUUAAUGAUGCAUUUUUUGCUACAG